UAUGGUUAUGGAAGUUUUUGAUUUGUUGGGAUUGGUUUAAGCUUAUUAUUGUUCUGGGAAAGAUCCAAGAUCAAUCAUCGAUGGGAAAGAAGAUUAGCAAGAAAAAAACCAAGGAAAUAAGGGAGGUAGUAGGAGAAGCAUCGUCUGGUUCAAUCGUUGGAGGAGAGACAUCAGAGCAGCAAACUCAACCUCGUAGAAAACGAGGAAGACCUCGCAAAAUCAUUGAGAAUACCCAAAUCACUACUGAAGUUGAAGAGGAGAAAAAUCGAGCAGAGGAACAAAAAGAAGAAGAAGAAGAAGAAGCAGAAACAGUAGUGGAGGAGAGCGAUUCGAAGAGAAUGAAAAGCAGCGACGUGGAACAGAUGAAAGGGAUUAGGUCGACAACGUCGACAUCCGUUGGUGAUGUGAAAGGAGGAACUGGGCCAUCUGAUGAAAGAAAGAUUAAUGAACCUGCAAAGAACAGAAGAUGGAGAAGAAAAAGCCAACCUCGAAAGAGCAGUUAAUGUCUUGUUUAAUCUUAUUAUCA